AUGGCUAAGAUGAGGAUCGAACGAAAACGGGUGACCCGCCGAAAGACCCCAAGCGCUGCGAAGAAAUCCAACCAGGACCGCGCGACACAAGGUGUGGCCAAGCCGACGCGACCGAGAGGCAGAUCGACUCGCCUGGAAGCUGGUAAAGGAGUUGUGGACAAGCCAAAUGAUGUUAGAGGCAGACUACGCAAAUUACGAAUUGGAGAAGAGGUGGAGGUGCUCGCGAAGGAUAACCUCAUGGCGUCAAACGAGGCGAACACAGCAAUCGUGAAUGAGGCUGGUGCUCAUAGAUUUCUCGCCAUCGACAGGAUCUCUUCCCAAGAUGCAGAAGGGGCCGCGAAGAGUGGGAGAAAGUCAGAACACAUUGAUGCCGCUCUUGAUACAUUGUCAACUAGCUCCAACCCCGCGACAGUUAUCACUAUCCCGCGACCAAGAGCAAGGUUCGCAGCUAAAGGACAGAGUCAGAACCUUGGGAUUCUGAUGGCCGACCUUGGAAACUAUACCACUAUAGCAUCUAGGGUACUUGGCCUUGGCGAACUCGAAGAUAUCGAUUUCUGGAACGGAGCGGCUGCGGCGCGUGGUAGCCAAAUACGGUAG